CAUCUCCACUUUGUCGCUUCGCCGCUUCGUGCUCGUUUCCCUGCGCGCCCGACACUCUCGUCGACAUCAACCCCCCUCCUUGUCCGUUUGCCAGUCACUCUCCUGUUUGUUGCAGUUUCCAUCCUUCUGCCAGCUGCCUGCCUGGACGAAUUUACCUCCUCGGCCCUCCUCCCUCCUCCCUCCCCCCUUGACCGACCUAACUAUUCCAUCCGAGCAACGACACGCGCGUAACGACCCACUGCGCAUCCCACCAGCCCCGUAUCUCGACCUGCGACCGCGCUGCGCCAUCGGCAGCCCUCCCAUCCUCACGACACAAGACGGCAACGGAGCUAUAUCACAUCCCCACGAGGGCCUUGGCUGUUGGCCUACCACAUUUCACGAUGGCUGAAAGCAGCAGCGCCGAUGCUGGUGCUCCGAACCUGAACCUCGGCCCCGACGAGAAACGAGUCUACGGCCAGCUCUUCCGACAGGCAGACACCGAGAGUGUCGGGGUGGUCACUGGCGAGGUCGCCGUCAAGUUCUUCGAGAAGACUAGGUUGGACUCGAGGAUACUCGGCGAGAUCUGGCAGCUUGCCGACCAGGAGAACCGGGGCUUCCUCACCCCAGCCGGUUUUGGCAUCGCCCUGCGCCUGAUCGGACACGCCCAGGCCGGCCGAGAGCCCUCGCUACAAGUCGCCCUGCAACCAGGUCCUAUCCCACGAUUCGAUGGCUUCACGCCCGCCCCUCCUCCUCCACUUGCUCCUGCUCCCACCGGCUCCCCACAGCCCAUCUCUGCCCAGGGCACUGGCAACGCCCCCAUUCGAAUCCCUCCCCUGACACCCGACAAGGUCGCCCAGUAUGCUGGUCUCUUUGAGCGCCAGCAGUUGCAACCCGGAAACCUACUGGGCGGAGAGCAGGCGAGGCAGAUAUUCGAGAGGUCGAACCUCCCCAACGAGACCCUGGGCCGCAUCUGGCAGCUUGCCGACACGGAGCAGAGGGGCGCCCUUGUGCAGACCGAGUUCGUCAUCGCCAUGCACCUGCUGACCAGCAUGAAGUCUGGGGCGCUUAGGGCUCUUCCCAACAUCCUGCCAGCCCCUUUGUACGAGGCUGCUACACGGCGUGGCUCUACGGCCGGCAGGCCACAGAGCCCAGGCGGCCCGACUGCUCCCAUCUCUGCGAUACCCCGCCAGCUUAGUGGCCAGGCUGGACAUCAGAUGCCCAUGCGGACAGGCUCCCCGUUGGCCGGUGCCCAUGGGAGAUCUCCUCUGGCGCCACAAUCCACCGGCGAUACGUGGCUCAUCACCGCCGCUGACAAGCAGCGCUUCGACGUCAUCUACGACGGCCUAGACAAGACCAAGAAAGGCUUCAUCACUGGUGAGGAGGCGGUGCCGUUCCUCAGCCAGUCCAAUCUUCCAGAAGCUGCCCUUGCGAAUAUCUGGGAUCUUGCAGACAUCAACUCCGAGGGUCGUCUCAACCGGGACGAGUUCGCCGUGGCCAUGUAUUUGAUCCGACAGCAGCGCAUGAAACAGGGAGACCUGCCUCAGACUCUGCCGGCAAACUUGAUCCCACCCAGCAUGAGAGGCCAAGCACGACCGUCUACAGCUACCAAUGCUUUCGAUGUAACCCCGCAACAGACCCCAGUCCAACAGCCCCCGCCGCCCAAGCCAGCGUCUGCUCUUGACGAUCUCUUCGGCCUCGAAUCCGCGCCAGGACCGGCCCCAGUUCAAAGUGCUGCACCGACCGGCGCUCCUGUGUUAAAUGACCCCUUCGCAGGGAGCGCCAGUCCACUUGCUCCUUCAUCGCCAGCCCGGGCCUCGCCGACUGCUACUGGUUCCACCUUCAAGCCUUUUGUGCCUUCUUCGUCCUUUGGUCGUUCCCUGAACCCCCAGGCCACAGGAGGAUCAGCGUCGGGCUCUCAACCUGCGCCACCUCCGCCUGCAGAGGAUCUCCUGGGCGACUCGGAGCCUCAGACCCAGGCCAGGGGCAACGACAUGAACGAGACGAUGGAGCUUGCGAACUUGUCUAACCAGAUCGGCACACUAUCGAAGUCGAUGCAGGACGUGGCAGGGCAGCGCAAUGCUACACAAAAUGAGCUCACUCAGACCUCGCAACAGAAAAAGAACUUCGAGCAGCGCCUUGCGCAGCUUCGCACCAUGUACGAGAACCAGGCGAAGGAAGUGCGCGACUUACAGGACAAGCUCAACGCUUCUCGCAACGAGACCAAGAAACUCCAAGCUGAGAGUCUUGCUCUUGACGGCCAACUUCAUGAUCUACAGGCCCAGUAUCAAACUGUCGCAACAGCCCUACAAGCUGAUCAGCAGGAGAACGCCAACCUCAAGGAGAAGAUAAGAGCCGUCAACGCAGAAGUCGCUUCUCUGAAGCCCCAGAUCGAGAAGCUGAAGUCCGAAGCCCGACAGCAGAAGGGUCUGGUGGCCAUUAACAAGAAGCAGCUGACGACUAAUGAGGGCGAGCGCGACAAGCUCAAGACGGAGGUCGACGACUUGACCAAGGAAAACUCCGAGCUGGCGCGGCAGCUCAGCCAAAGCCCGCCACCGAAUCCUCCGCCCCAAGUGGCCAGUCCUGCCCUUAGUAAUGCCAGUGGUAGCAACCCAUUCUUCCGGAGGACAGGCAGCACGGAUAUGGUGGGCGCCUUCGCCAGCCCCGGCGCAUCAAAGUCUUACAAUGACAAGUCAUUUGACGACGUGUUUGGUCCUGCCAUCCCAGCCUUCAAGCCUCAGACCACAGGGGCUUCGGUCGCUAGCACUGGGUCGUUCGCCACGCCGAUUUCAAACAGUCCCAAUGUGAGCAGGCACCCGACCUUUGCGAGUGAAGCGUCCGCGACAGCCCCUGCCCCGCCUGAGCCGCGACAAGUCCCAACUACCGCCGGAGAAGUCCCGGCCUCUGCGCCAAUCGAGGCAACAGCAACUGGUGGUUCGACCGCCGAGACCAAGGAGCCGGAAGUCAGGUCGGCUGACCCUAGCUCCUUCUUCGAUGGGGCAAAAUCCGAUCCUCCUACUGGUGCUGGUGGAGACCCCUUCUCGGCGAUGGACGAGGCGAAGGCCAAGGAUGAUUUCGACAGCGCAUUUGCAAGCUUCAAGAACUCAAAGUCUGCACCGGAGGAGGCAUCUGCAUCUGAGCAGCCCAAGACCCGGUCGGCGUUCGACACGGAGUUCCCUCCGAUCUCCGAGCUUGAAAAGGACGACUCCUCUGAUUCCGAAGACGACCAGGGAGGCUUUGAUGACGAUUUCGCCCCGGCUAGCCCCCGUGCGAACCCAGCUGAGAGGGCCGUAUCGCCGAGCUUGGCCAAGGCAGUCGCCCCGGAUGCGCCAGCACCCUCUUCCGACGAGACUGCUCAGGCCAAGGCGGAUGAUGUGUUCGGCAGUGCCCCACCGCCCGGGGCCUUCCCAGAGGCAGAGCUAGCCCCAAGCGCAGAGAAGGCCCCCGCCGCUGCCGGCAGUGAUGCCACGACGACAGGAAUGUCGAAGCAGAGCUCCUCCUUUGAUGAUCUCGACGACGACUUUGCGGACCUGGAGGACGCCAAGGAGGGCUCGACAGCCGACGACGACUUCCAGAACAUCAGCAGGUCCAACCUCGACGACUUCAACGCUGCUUUUGACAGCCCGCCCCCGGCGGUCAAGAGCGACGCCGGGGCGGCCCCGCCCGGCAGCAGCCACGGCCCCGCGGCCCCAUUCGGCACCGAGAGCACCUUUGACUUUGCGAGCAUCGACAACACCGCCUCGCAGGCGUCCGCCGCGGGCCCGGCCGAGGGCGGCGCCCCGAAGGACCCCGCGCAGGCGGACAGCCACGACUGGGACGCCAUCUUCGCCUCGCUCGACGACGCGCCGCCGGCGCAGACCUCGGGCAGCCCGCCACCCCCGGGCAGCGCGGGCAGCGCGGCGGCCCCGCCUUCCGCCCCGGCUGCCGCAGAACCUGCCAAGGAGGCCCCCGGCAGCAACGGGCUGCUCACCGGGCCCAGGCCGUCCGGCCCCGGCCGCGCCCUGACGGAGGACGGCGAGCACGACGACCCUAUCCUCAAGAACCUGACGAGUAUGGGGUACAGCCGCGGGGACGCGCUGAACGCGCUUGAGAAAUACGACUAUAAUCUCGAGAGGGCCGCCAAUUAUCUGGCAUCCCAGUCAUGAUUUUGAUAUAUCACGAGCGAGACCGGGUAGACCAGUCAGACCUUGCUAGAUCCUCUUCCUAGUUGCGUCUAUCUCGCGGUGACGAUGACGGGGGGACAGACAGCAGACAGGCAGGGAGGGUAGGGGAGGGGUUGAGGACUUCAGUCCGCAAAGUAGAUGUAGCAAAAGUCUCAAGACGCAUGGUAUGGGGCUUGACACAAAUUUUCUUGUACAUCGACCUUUUUUUCUUUUUUUCCUUUUUCCUUCUUCGUGCAUACACCCCAACCAGGAAGUAGGAGGUUUUUCUGGCCCGGAUUCGAUUCUGUGCCCAGGCCAGCCAGCCCAUGUUUUGUGGAUUGUUGGUUUCUGGUGGGCCGGCGGGAAAGAGCGUUAUUUUAUUUUCAUUCAUGUUUCCCAUCUAUCGCAUGUGGCGGAGGAUGAACGUUCAGCAAGCAAGCAGGCAGGCAGGCAGGCAAGACAGACAGGGUCCGCUUGAGAUGAGCGGCCAUAUACAAUUAAUGUGUACUAUGAUACAAACGGA